GUGAGACGUGUGCUCGUUAUUCUCUGUUCCUUGUAUGUGCAAAGUACACACAGUCAAUCUGUUUCUGUAACUGUUGCCACAGACAAAGAAAUAGGAUUGAUAAAUGACCAUUUCGUUGGAGUGACAUUUGAUUCAUCAAUGCUACCAAUAUCAGCUAAUUGGUAUGGACUUGAUUUCAGAUCACCUAAAGUCCAGACGCUGGCUAAAGCGAUGUCUCCGUGCUACCUGCGGAUAGGCGGAACACCUGGAGAUUUUAUGACCUUUGACCCAACAGGUCAUGGGGGUACAAGUGCAAACUCCACUUACACCGGUGCUAUGUGGGACAACCUAAAUGACUUCGUGAAGACUGUAGGAUGGGACCUUGUGUUUGCCCUAAAUUUACUGAAGCGGAAGCACGGACAGUGGGACCCGGCGAAUGCCAUGGAACUGAUGAACUACACCAAUUCCAGGAACUACAAGAUACCCGCAUUUGAACUGGGAAAUGAACCUGCAUACUUUCCCCCGCCCUUCACCGACACGGUAUCUGGAGCACAGCUGGGGCGAGAUUUUGUCCAUCUCAGGGCAAUCCUCAAGUCUACUCCUGGGUUUGAAUCUACCCUUGUUAUUGGACCCGACGUAACAGCCAUCUCGGGACCGAAAUCAAUUCUGUUUAAAACUUUCUUUGAAAGCGACGGAAGAAAAGCGUUAGACAAGAUAACCUUCCACCAUUACUACGACUUCGAGGGCAAUGCUAAAGUGGAGACCUUUAUCGACCCCAAAGUGAUGGACAGCCUGAUAACAUUCAUUGAUAUUGUACGUAACGUCACCACCCCUGCCGACCCCAACACUCCAUUGUUGCUUGGUGAGACAUCGUCUUUCUCGGGAGGGGGAGCCCCGGCACUAUCUGACAGAUAUGUAGCCGGCUUUCUAUGGUUAGACAAGCUCGGGAUUGCAGCACGGAUCGGACUUAAAGGGGCGUUAAGACAAUCGUACUAUGGGCUAAACUAUUCUCUCAUCGAAAUGAACACGUUUGAACCCUAUCCGGACUAUUAUCUGACAUUGCUCUACAAGAGGCUGGUUGGGUACAAGGUGUUAUCUGUACAGACCAACUCAACCAACAGUUUUAGAGUCUACGCCCACUGUGCAAAACAGGAAAAUCUCUACAGAUAUAAACCAGGCAGCGUUGUAGCUUAUAUCGUCAACGUCAACAACUUCACCACCACCGUCACCUUCCCUCAGUUCAAGACCAACAUGGAUGUGUUCUGGCUCAGUCCAGAAUUCCCAGAUCUUACUUCUAGGAAUGUGACUCUUAAUGGUAAACGACUGGAUUAUGUGAACGACACCAUCCCUGAAAUGCCCCCUGAACGAGCGUAUGGUGGGAGCCUCCAGCUGCCAGCCACGACCUUCGGAUUCGUUGUGUUCCCUGAUGCUGAUGUGGACAUCUGCAAGUGA